GUGUUGCGAACGCCCCGGCGAGCAGCAGACGUAGCGCUUUACGCCGGGCGACGCGCGGCGCGCCGUCAAAAGCACGUAACGCGCGGCGCACGACUCGUCAGUCAGUGUGUCGGCUAACGGCGGUACGGGAACACACCACGCACCACGCCGACGCUCAAGCGGAAAAUCGUGUUCGUCCGUCGGUUCGUCGUGCCCGGCCGUCCCGCCCGUCCGUCCAUCGUCAGUCUGCCCGUUCGUCCACACGGCUAGCUCGCUCAAACGCUCGUCCGUCCGCCCGUCCACCAUCCAAACAUCCCGAUCGGGCGACGCACGUUCCGGCCACACCAAUAACCGGCCACCGGCGGCCACGGCGGGUGGUGUCGACGGCCGCCGGGCCGGUUGUCGUCGUAAAAGUGGAGGCGGCGGAGGCGGAGGCUGUGGUGGUGGUAGUGCCGGAGGCAGUGUUGAGGCGGGUGAAUCGCUCGUGACGCGGCGCCCCCCGGCCGGUUGCAGGGCGGCGCACCAUGCGACGCGAUGCGGUCCGCCAGCUCCGAACUGUUGCUGGACACCAAGCAGCAGCAGCUCCGCAAGAAGAAGCUGCUGGAAUUAGCGGCGGCCAAGAAGCAGAAGCGUGGCGUGCCCCGGACCCUCCGCGAGAAGGUGUGGUUCUACUCGACUCUGUCGUUCGCCAUGAUCGCCGUCGGAUCUGGCUCAGCGCUGCUGUUCCUGGUGCCGCUGUACGUGGACCCGGCCGUGUCAACGCUGCUGGCCGACUUCGUGCCGGAACCGGUGCAGUGCACCACGGUGCGCCGCGAACAGCUGGCCGGCCUGUACAACUGCACGUGGAGCUCGUGCCGGGAGGGUUGCACCAGCGACGUAUACAACUGCAGUCACAUUUACGUGGCGUACAGGACGUCCGCCGAUGGAGUCAGUGGCGUCGGUGGCGGUGGCGGUGGCAUACAAGUGGCGUCGGGUCGCGGCGGCGAUGUGAUCGUGCCCGAGGCCGUGCUGCUGGUCAACAUCAAGGGCUGCGGUUACCCGCCGGCCGUAGCUUGUUCCAAUUUCACCAAGGCGUACGGCGUACCGGGCGCCACAUUCCCGUGCCACUAUUCCCGGCAGAACCACACGCUGGCCGUGGUCGGCUACGACAAGCGGCAGCAGUACGCCGACAUCGUCCACUACUUUGCCGUCCCGUUCGCCGUGUGCGUGGUCACGUCCAUCGUGCUAUGCGUCAUGCACUGCGACUGUCAGCAGGCCACGGCCGCAGCGGCAGGACAACAAGCACUGCCGGAGACGUCCAGGAGUUCCGCCGGACACUCACACACGGAAGGCUACAGCGAUCACUCGAUAAGUACCCGGGUAGAACGGCUGGACGAAGCAAUAAUGGAAGCAUCCAGAGCGCUGCAGGGCGAACCGAGCGGAUUAUGACAAUACUCGGAGACGAGCUGCUGAGUACGUGUAAUUCGGCGCAAACUGCAUAAUAUACAACACAUAAUAAUAAUUACAAUACGACAUGAUAUUAUAAUAUUGUAUACACUAUAUACUUAUUAUUGUUCUUGUUAUUAUUAUUAUUAUUAUUAUUUAUUACAAUAUUGAAAUAUUGUUGUUAUAUUGUUAUACCGCUAAAUUGUCAUCCAGCGAUGUGGCUCUGCCGCGAGACGAGCAGACUUCCACGUACGAGCUCGUCAAAUACGUCGCGUCACGUACAAACCACUCGAGUUAAGUCUUCGGUUCGAAUCGAGACACUGCAGUCAUUAUUAUAUAUUACAUAUUAUUAUAGUACACGUGUACACGCAUAUUUAUGAAAUAUAUUAUUAUAAUAUGUGUUUUAAAGUGUACGUUAGCAAAAAAAAUGUGUACAGUUAUAUUAUUACGAGUUGUUAAGUUUUCAUUUUUGAAACGCAGUAAAAUUAUAUAAUAUUAAACAAUAAGAAUUAUUGAGUAUUGAUUUAGAUAUAUUAUAAUAUGCGAAUGCAAUACUAUUAUUAUUAUUAUUAUUAUUAUUUUUAUUAUUAUUACUAUUGAUAUUAUAAUAUGUAUAAUAAUAACAUAAAAUUGUACAUGUGAACAAUACGUCAUUUGAGCUUGCAUAUUUUGUACAAUAAUAUUAUUAAUAAUAUAUAUUAUAUAUAUUAUUAUAUAUUAUAUAACGCACAUUUUAACGAAUAAAAGAAAGUAUAG